AUGCUGCCCUGCGGACGAGCGCUGCGGGCCGCGGGGCUCCUCCGCCCGGCCACCACCGCCGGCCACCGCCCCGGGGCCUCUCGCCGAGCGAGCCGCGGGCCGGGCGAGCGGCCGAUGGGGCGCGGGGCAGCGCUGCCCCCAGGGCCGGACCUGCGGCACUUCCUGAGAGGGGUCACGGCGGGGGAACCGCAGCCGGAGCUGGGCUCUUACCCCGGGGCCGGGAAAGUGUACCUGGAGACCUAUGGCUGCCAGAUGAACGUCAAUGACACAGAGAUCGCCUGGACCAUCCUGCAGAGGAGUGGCUACACCAGAACAAAGGAGCUGGAGGAGGCUGAUGUGGUUCUCCUGGUCACCUGCUCUGUGAGGGAGAAGGCAGAGCAGACCAUCUGGAACCGCCUGCAGCACCUCAAGGCGCUGAAGGUUCGGCGGCAGCAGCGGCGCUCAGCCCUGCGCAUCGGGGUGCUGGGGUGCAUGGCUGAGAGGCUGAAGGAGGAGAUUCUGCAGAAGGAGAAGCUGGUGGACAUCGUGGCAGGUCCUGAUGCCUACCGUGACCUUCCCCGGCUGCUGGCCCUGGCAGAGUCUGGCCAACAAGCUGCCAAUGUCCUGCUGUCCCUGGAUGAGACCUAUGCAGAUGUCCUGCCUGUGCAGACCACUGCAGGUGGCACCACAGCCUUUGUGUCAAUCAUGAGAGGCUGUGACAACCUCUGCAGCUACUGCAUUGUGCCCUUCACCCGCGGGCGGGAGCGCAGCCGGCCCCUCGCCUCCAUCCUGCAGGAGGUCAGGAUGCUCUCAGAGCAGGGAGUGAAGGAGGUGACCCUCUUGGGGCAGAAUGUCAACAGCUACCGGGACCUGUCCGAGGUGCAGUUCCAGGCGGCAGCUGCCCCCAGCCUCAGCCGUGGCUUCAGCACUGUCUACAGAGCCCGGGCCGGGGGCCUGCGCUUCGCACAGCUCCUGGACCAGGUCUCCAGGCUCGACCCGGAGAUGAGGAUCCGCUUCACCUCUCCACACCCCAAGGACUUUCCUGAUGAGGUCCUGCAGCUCAUCCAGGAGCGCCACAACAUCUGCAAGCAGCUUCACCUCCCUGCCCAGAGCGGCAGCAGCCGAGUGCUGGAGGCCAUGCGCCGGGGAUACACCAGAGAAGCCUACUUGGAGCUGGUGCAGCAUGUGAGGGAGUCCAUUCCAGGGGUGAGCCUAAGCAGUGAUUUCAUCACUGGCUUCUGUGGGGAGACAGAAGAAGAUCACCAGCAGACCCUGUCCCUGCUGCGGGAAGUCCGCUACAACACAGGCUUCCUGUUUGCCUACAGCAUGAGACAGAAGACCCGAGCCUUCCACCGGCUGCAGGACGAUGUCCCCCCGGCCGUCAAGCAGCGGCGGCUGCAGGAGCUCAUCACAGCCUUCAGAGAGGAGGCUGCCAGGGCAAACCAGGCCAUGGUGGGCCAGCCUCAGCUGGUGCUGGUGGAGGGGCCCAGCAAGCGCUCUGCCUCGGAGCUGUGUGGGAGGAAUGAUGCCAACAUCAAGGUGAUCUUCCCUGCUGCCCAGCUGGAGGAGGAUGCAGGCUCCAGGGCUCUGUUCAGACCCCAGCCUGGGGACUAUGUGCUGGUGAAGGUGACCUCUGCCAGCUCUCAGACCCUGAGGGGAGUCCUUCUGGGUCCUGCCACCCUCUCCCACUCUGCUGCUUGUCCUUGA